UAAAUUUAGUAGUAGGUAGGCUUAUAAUUCCAACAAUUAUAUACUGUAUAAUUAGUACCAGACUAACAAUUACUGACAAUUAGUUCACUAUGACUACUGUAGUUAAGAUAUCUGGUGAUAAACAAUUUGCUCAAACUUACUUAAAGCUUAUUUCCUUGUCGGAAUCGGCCGUACCAGAAAAGUUCAAUUCUACUAAUGAUUAUCAUAAGUUACAAUCUUUGGGUCCUAGUUUACCUAAAUUCAAAUUUUCAUUACCUAGAUCUACUACUGGUAGUAAUGAUAUUAAGAUUACUGUUAAAGUAAAAUCAAUUAAACCUCCAUAUAAAUUCAAUACUGAAUUAAAGGAUAUUCCCAUCAGUUCAACUAUUCUCAAAAUUAAAACUGAAUUGAUCGAUACUUUACCAUUACUUAAAGAUGCUCAUGUUACAGUUAGUAAUUUGAAAUUAUUGCAAAAGUCUAAAGUAGUUCAUGACUCUGACGAAAUCCUGAAUAUCUAUGAUUCUGCUCAAGAGAUAACUUUUAAUUGUAUGGUAUCUGCUCCAGCACCUACCCCAGCACCACCAGUGGCAGUAGCACCAGUAGUACCAGAAGCUCAUGAUAUUGAUGAUGUGGAUAUGACAGAUGCUGCCCCUAACUCAUGGGAAGUAUCAGACAAUACUUGGAAACAAAUACAAGAGUUACUUAAUCAAGAUAUUGGUGAAGCUCAUAGUUCAGCUGUAUUAGCCAAGUUCAAAGAGGCACUACAACGUUAAGU